AUGUCCGACGAUCCGAAGGGGAAGAGUUUCCCCGACGUCUCUGCCAAACUCUCGGCACUUCCCAAGAAAUCGCUGUUCGAGCGCCAAAAGGCUGAGGCGGAAGCUAAGCGUGCCCGUGAAAAAGCCGAGACAGCUGCAGUCUAUGAAGACUUUGUCAAGUCAUUUGAAGAUGAUGCUCCGACUGGCCCCAAGUCCUCCGAUGGACGACUAAACACAUUUGGAAGUAGGGGUGGUGGGCUGAGCGGACCUUCGAAGCGACAUUUCACAGCAUCUGCGUCACGAAACAGUGGUCCAGGAACUUUAGGACCUACCCCACCUUCCAUUUCUCGCAAACGUACCCACGAAGGCUUUGCGCCCUCCCAUCGCGACCAACCCAAAUUCGAUACGGCGCAUGGUGGCCCCUCUGGACCGGCAUCUGCCUUUCGUGAUUCCGAAGCCGACAGAGCGGCUGAAGAGACGGAGAGGGCAGCUUCGAAACCGACAUUACACCUCGCAUCACUUCCUCCUGGGACAUCACCGUCAGUCAUCAAGGCAUUGAUCCCCUCCACUCUCAGUGUGGACAACGUGAAGAUCCUCCGCCCACCUAGUCAAUCUCCAACCGAAAGACGAUCUUCAUCCGCAAUUGUUACCCUCACAAGCGAUGCAGCCGCCUCGGAUAUCGACACCACCGUGAGCAGCCUCCAGAACAAAUACCUUGGCUGGGGAUACUACCUAACUCUGUCCCGACAUCUCUCCUCUGCUGCAAUUGGUGCAAACGUGCCAUUGCCUGUUGGCAUUUCCUCAACUGCUUCUCUUCCAUUCGGUGCGAAAACCAUCCAGCCAACACUGGGGGGAACCUUGAACCGAGCUCCACCACCAGGGUCACACCGCGGGGGAUUCGCGCCUCCCAGUUCAUAUGGACCUCCCGCUGGAAGAAACGGACCUUCCACCCAGGUGGAAGUGAAGGCACCAUCAGAUAUCAAACAGCUGAGACUCAUACAUAAGACCCUGGAAAAUCUACUGAACCACGGCCCAGAGUUUGAGGCACUUUUGAUGAGUCGACCUGAGGUCCAGCGAGAAGAAAAGUGGGCCUGGCUGUGGGAUGCAAGGACGGUUGGUGGUGUUUACUACCGCUGGAAAUUAUGGCAGGUUGUCACGAACCCUCGUGCCCGGAAGGCCCAAACACGUAAACAGACAACUCUGUUUGAGGGUGGACCGAAUUGGGCACCCCCAAAGGGCGAUCUAAAAUAUGAAUACACCACCCGGCUGGAUGAGUUCAUCUCAGAUGAGGACUACAACUCUUCCGACGAAGAACAUUCGGAUGGAGAAGAUGAGAGGCGCACCCACAGCGGAGCACCUCCUGAUGGGGCAAAUACGCACAGCGAUGGUCUCGGGUACAUGAAUCCUAUGCGGAAAGCCAAGCUCACACACCUUCUCGCACGACUCCCGACUAGUCAUGCAAGGCUACGACGAGGUGAUGUUGCCCGAGUCACAGCAUUUGCCAUCGAACAUGCCGGAGCAGGUGCGGAUGAGGUUGUCGACAUGAUUGUUUUGAAUGUUCUCCACCCUCUCGCCUACACAGGAGCCAACCCUGACCGCGAAUCGGAAAAGAGGUCUGCGAGAUCCGAAAGUGCCGACAUGGAGAAUCGCCCCACAGCGCAGGAGAAAUUGGAUGUAUCCGCUUCAAAGCUAGUUGGGCUGUACAUCAUCUCUGAUAUUCUCUCAUCAUCAGCUACCAGUGGUGUGCGCCAUGCAUGGCGAUACCGACAGCUAUUCGAAUCGGCCCUCCGCUCACACAAGGUCUUCGAGCACCUAGGUCGUCUCGAUAAGGACCUCAACUGGGGUCGUCUUAAAGCAGAGAAGUGGAAGCGCAGUGUUGGCACUCUUCUCCACCUAUGGGAAGGGUGGUGUGUAUUUGCCCAAUCAAGCCAAGAGCACUUUGUCCAGAUAUUUGAAAAGCCACCGCUUACCGAGAGCGAACUACAAAAGGAGAAAGCAAAGGCCGAGGCGGAGCGAGCUGCCGCUGCCGUUGCCAAGAGCAAGAGCCGGUGGAAGACCGUUGAUGACGAAGAAUCAGCUGGCAAAUUCGAUCCUACACGACCUGCACCCGAAGAGAGCCAGUCUACUGUUGGCCCCGCAGAGGACGAAUUGAUGAGUGAUGUUGAUGGUGUACCAAUGGAAGACAGUGACCUGGAAGAUUUUGAUGCCGACCAGGUGAACAAGGGCCUUCCACGGAACCCUGACGGCACUCAAGACCAACCACCCCCGCCACAACCACAAGCAUCUCAACCUCCUAAGCAGCCCGAGCAACCGGCCGGGAAGCAGGAACCAGAGGGAAGACAACGAAAGCCACGACCCAAAGCUGAAGACAUGUUUGCUUCGGAUUCAGAGUGA